ACCUGUCCCGUGCUCUGGUGAUGGAGCUUGUGCAGGCAGUGAAGCACCGAUCCACCCUGUCGGACAACAACCUGCUGCUGCUGGUGCAGUUUGUGUGUUUUGAUUCUGGCACUAGGAUCUACAUGCCCUGUCCCCUGGACCAGCAGCAGGCCCACCCCAUCUGUCAUGGACAGACAGGUGCUGUUGAAUGUCUGCACCAGCACAUGUUUGAUUGUGUGGAGUUCCUGACCAGCAUGCACACCAUAAGUAAACUGAGGGCAGUCCUGAAACUGCAGAAUCUGAGUGAGGACACACUUGGCAGCCAGGUAAAAACUGGCAUUGCCCAGCUGAUGGCUAUAGAGUUCACCUUGAACAACCAGCGUGCCAUGACUCGCUUCCUGCCCUGGCUGGCGUACCCCGGGAUCCAGCCCCAGCAGGGCCUGCGGGAGAUGUUCGAGUGUGUGGCUCACCUCCGCCUCCUGUCCUGGAUCAUCCUGGGCUCGCUCAACCACAUGGCCAUGUGCCCCUCCUCGGACGUGCCCUGUCACCCCCUCCCUCUGGACACCAGUCUGCAGAUAGCUGACCUGGCCCUGGUGGUCCUGGACAGCUACCCUGAGCACACCAAGGCCAGUGUCUACCAGAUGUCAUCUCUGGCACAGGUAUUUAUACUGUGCCAGCUGUGGACCAUCUACUGUGAGCAGGUGGCUGUGUUUAACACCAGCCAUGGGGACAUGUACAGGACGACCUGUCUGGCUGUCAUGGAGUUCUGGAUGAAAGUGGCACCUACCUUCAUACAGAUUGCCUCCUACUCCAAGUCUCAUGGUGAGAUGGUGAACCUGCAUCUGCUGAGUCUACUGGAGGGGUUACAGGAGGUCAACUCUUCCCUGCUGGUGCAGCUGUACCCCAUGCUGGUCACCAUACUCUACAUACAUGAAGGUUCACUGUCUGCAGGGCUACAGCAUAGGAUACAGGAGAUACAGAACUGCCCCCCUCCAGAUCCCAUCACACCGGUGGCCAGAGAACUGAACAAGGCCCUGUUGAAGUGUCUGCAGCGCCUGCAGUACAAGAUGGGGCAGCUAGAGGUCCAGUCAUCUGCUGCCACACAGUUCUUCACUGUGUAGAGCUGAAAUGCUUGAGGAGGGUGGCUGGAUGGGACUAAAUUGUCUGCCUUACAAUUGUGCACAGAGUUGUAGUGCUUGAUAGCAGUUGUUGUUGUUGUCUCUCUAACUGCUUCACUUCGUCGGUAUAUGGUCACAUGUGCUUAUUAAGUGAUUUGGCUGCCAUACAGUAAUGACAGCUUUGGCUUGAGUGAUUUACUGCAGCAUUCUAAGCUAGUCUUACAUUGUGUGUUAACUACAAUGACCUCAGUGUCAAGCAACUAAAACAUGUGUAAUGUUUAAUGGUUGUAGUAAUUGUGGUACAGCUUUUAAAUGUACUGUACCACUGCACCAGUGUAUGAAACAAGGUACUCCUGAUUAUCAAACUUAUUUGCCCUUUGAUGUUUUAUUUUGAGCAUGUAGACAUUUCACAAUCAACUUUUUUAAGUGUUGUAUAUUUUGUGACAUAGUUAUUGGUUGUGUAAUUGGAGUAAUUUGUCAGUGAUUAAGAGAUUUUAAUCUCAAAAUAAGAAAAUUAUGUGUCAUUGCAUAAAUAGUACUGAUGAUAUUGAUGACUCCACUUGUUAAUCCAUGUACGGUAGUAUAUAUAUGUUUCAUGUUGUAGGUGUGCUGUGAUAAGUCAUGACCCAGGAAACAUUGGCUUGUGCAUGCAUGUUGAUGUGGUCAGUUGUCACAUCUUUUAUUGUGUAUAUGUGGCAUCAUGGAGGAAGUAAACCUGGUACUUGA